AUGGCCUUGUCCGGGAGCCCGGGCGCAUUUGCUCAGACCUCGACUCUUUCAAGCCCAAGUCAAACGACCAGCUGGCGGGAAAUAUUCACCGUGCCCUCUGAUGCUGACACGGGAGCUACACUCCUCCCAAACAUCCGGGAUCCCGAGGCUGUUGACUCCCAAACGGCUUGCCCCGGAUAUCUAGCAUCAAGCGUCCAAACAAAUGCCUCUGGUCUGACAGCAGACCUAAACAUUGCCGGCCCAGCAUGCAAUGUGUACGGCAACGACAUCGCGAACCUGACCCUGAGCGUGGAGUAUCAGGCCUCUGGCAGACUCCAUGUCGAGAUCAAGCCGCGGUACAUCGGCGCCGGGAACGAGACGUGGUUCAUCCUGCCAGAGGCGCUCGUCCCAAAGCCUGUUGUUGAGGAGGAGAAUGCCACCGAGGCAGCCAGUGACUUUGCCUUCAGCUGGACGAACGAACCCACCUUUGGCUUCACGGUGACGAGGAAGUCGAAUGCCGAUGUGCUGUUCACUACAAAUGGCACAAGGCUCGUGUAUGCAGAUCAAUUCAUUGAAUUUGUGUCGGCGUUGCCGGAUGAGUAUAAUCUUUACGGGCUCGGCGAAGUGAUUCAUGGGUUUCGGCUGGGAAAUAACCUCACGAGAACUUUGUUCGCAGCUGACGUAGGUGACCCGAUUGAUCAGAAUAUAUACGGGCAGCAUCCAAUAUACUUGGACACGCGUUACUACAGCACCGGUGAAGAUGGUGAGGAAACAUAUGCAGCAAACGCCACGAACACAUCAGCCUCGUACACAUCAUACACCCACGGCGUGUUCCUUCGCAAUGCCCAUGCGCAAGAGAUCCUCUUGAGGCCGUCCAAUAUCACCUGGCGGACUUUGGGAGGCACUGUUGACCUCUAUUUCUACUCUGGUCCCCUGGCCGAGGAUGUCACCACGUCGUACCAGCUCAGCACCGUUGGCCUGCCUGCUAUGCAGCAGUAUUGGACCUUUGGGUUUCACCAGUGCAGAUGGGGCUAUGAAAAUUGGACACGACUACAAGAGGUUGUGGAUAAUUUCGCCAAUGCUAAUAUUCCCCUAGAGACUAUCUGGACCGACAUCGACUAUAUGAACCAGUACCGUGACUUUGAAAAUGAUCAACUCCGAUUUGGCUACAGUGAAGGUGCCGAGUUCUUGGCUAAGCUACAUGCCAACGGUCAGCAUUAUGUCCCAAUUGUGGACUCUGCGGUUUAUGCUCCCAACCCAGAGAACGCCAGUGAUGCGUAUCCUAUUUUUGAUCGUGGCAUUGAUGCCGAUGCUUUCAUGCUGAAUCCUGAUGGAUCACUGUAUAUUGGAGCAGUGUGGCCAGGGUAUACAGUCUUCCCGGAUUUCAUUGGAGCCGUACUAAACGGUACCGGCGCGAUUGAGUGGCGGGUAAAGGAGAUGGGUAUCUGGUAUCAAAACGUCUCCUUUGACGGCAUCUGGAUAGACAUGUCUGAAGUGUCGUCCUUCUGUGUGGGGAGCUGCGGUAGCAAGAACCGCACCCUGAACCCGGUUCACCCCCCUUUCAGCCUGCCAGGAGAGCCGGGCAAUCUGGUGCUCGAUUACCCAGAAGGAUUCAAUUUGACCAACGCCACGGAGGCCUCGUCCGCAUCGUCAGCUAAGUCUGCUCAAGCCACUCCUGCUCCGAGCUCAUCCUCGACUUCCACGACGUAUCUCCGCACAACACCAACGCCGGGAGUUCGUGAGAUCAACCACCCUCCCUAUGUCAUUGACAAUGUUCAAGGCGACCUCGCAGUACAUGCCGUAUCACCAAAUGCCACGCACCACGGCGGGACGCAAGAAUACGAUUUUCAUGGGCUUUUCGGAUAUGAGAUCUUGAACGCUACAUACCAAGCAUUGAUCGGCCUAGCGCCAACAAAACGGCCAUUUAUCAUCGGGCGCUCAACCUUCGCCGGCAGCGGCAAAUGGGCAGGACAUUGGGGCGGCGACAACCAGUCGCUCUGGGCGUAUAUGGUUUUCUCGAUCUCCCAAGCACUCAGCUUCUCCGUCUUCGGCAUCCCAAUGUUCGGCGUGGAUACGUGCGGCUUCAACGGCAACAGCGACAUGGAGCUCUGCAGCCGCUGGAUGCAGCUGAGCGCUUUCUUUCCCUUCUACCGUAAUCAUAAUGUCUUGGCAGCAAUCAGCCAGGAGCCGUACGUAUGGAGUGCCGUUGCGGAGGCGAGCCGCUCUGCGAUGGCGAUUCGGUACGCAUUGCUGCCGUACAUGUACACGCUAUUUGCACUGGCGCAUGACUCCGGGUCAACGGUGAUGCGGGCUCUGGCAUGGGAAUUCCCCUCUGAGCCUUGGCUGGCUAAUGCCGAUCGGCAAUUCCUACUGGGAGACGCGCUCAUGGUGACGCCGGUGCUGGUCCAGGGGGCCGAGACGGUCGAUGGUGUCUUCCCCGGCGUUGGCGAUGGCCGAACGGUCUGGUACGACUGGUACAAUCACAGCGCUAUUGUGGAUGUUACUCCAGGCCAAAAUAUUACUCUGGAUGCGCCCCUGGGACAUAUUCCGCUGUUCGUCCGCGGCGGCUACGUCCUGCCAUUGCAAGAGCCGGCCAUGACAACCACGAAGUCCCGCGAAAGUCCGUGGGGAGUGCUUGCUGCGCUUGACCAGCAAGGAGCGGCCUCAGGACGUCUAUAUCUGGAUGAUGGUGAGAGUGUGGAGCCCAAUGCUACAACAUGGGUUGAGUUUCUCGCAACAAAUACCUCCCUGUCCGCCCAACCAACAGGCAAUUUUACAGAGCUCAACCCGCUGGCAAAUAUAACAGUGCUUGGCGUAUCCAACCGAGUAUCCCAAAUCACUUUCAAUGGAGAGCCGCUCAAGUGCGGUUCGGCGAAGUGGAACAGCACAACGAAGGCGUUGACUCUGACGGGCCUAACGGACUUGACGCCUCACGGGGCGUUCAACGAGACCUGGGAGCUUAAAUGGAAGUUGUCGUCGUAA